GGUUGCUUUCCUGAUAUAUCAUGCUUGGUCAACAACUUGAUUUCAAACUACUCUGUUCCAUAGAGCCUCAAAUGAGACCUUGAAUGUGGCCACUGCAGCCUGGAACACAUCUGGCCAGGUUGAUAAGGGUGCUGUCCAAACAUGCCCACUGUGGAUGAUGUUCUGGAGCAGGUUGGGGAAUUUGGCUGGUUCCAGAAGACAAUUUUUCUGAGCCUGUCCCUGGUCUCGAUUGCCUUAGCCCCCAUCUACUUGGGCAUUGUCUUUCUGGGCUUCACCCCGGACCACUGGUGCUGGAACCCAGGGGUGGCUGAGCUGAGCCAGCGAUGUGGCUGGAGCCUGGCCGAGGAGCUCAACUAUACAGUGCCAGGCCUGGCGGCUGAGAACAAGGCCUUUCUCCACCAGUGCAUGCAGUAUGAGGUGGACUGGAACCAGAGCACCCUCAGCUGCAUAGAUCCUCUGUCCAGCCUGCCUUACAAUAGGAGCCGCCUGCCACUGGUCCCCUGUCAGCACGGCUGGGUGUAUGACAUACCUGGCUCCUCCAUCGUCACUGAGUUUAACUUGGUGUGUGCAGACGCCUGGAAAGUGGACCUCUUUCAGUCAUGCGUGAACUUGGGCUUCUUCCUCGGCUCCCUGGGCAUUGGCUACAUUGCAGACAGGUUCGGCCGUAAGCUGUGUCUCCUGGGGACAGCCCUGGUCACUGCUGUGUCAGGUGUACUGACAGCAGUGGCUCCAGACUACAUAUCCAUGGUUCUCUUCCGCCUGGUGCAGGGAAUGGUCAGCAAGGGCGUCUGGAUGUCGGGCUACACCCUGAUCACAGAAUUUGUUGGCUCAGGCUACAGAAGGAUGGUGUCGAUCUUGUACCAGGUGGCCUUCACAGUGGGGCUGGUGGGGCUUGCUGGGGUGGCAUAUGCCAUUCCACACUGGCGCUGGCUCCAGCUGGCUGUGUCCCUGCCAACCUUCCUGUUCCUGCUCUACUACUGGUGUGUGCCGGAGUCGCCCCGAUGGCUGUUAUCGCAAAGGAGAAACACUCAAGCGGUAAAGAUCAUGGACUACAUUGCCCAGAAGAACGGAAAACUGCCUCCUGCUGAUUUAAAGAUGCUCUCUGUCGAGGAGGAUGUGACGGAAAAGCUGAGCCCUUCGUUUGUGGACCUGUUCCGCUCGCCGGCCCUGCGGAAGUACAGCUUGGUCCUGAUGUACCUGUGGUUCUCCUGCGCUGUGCUCUACCAGGGCCUCAUCUUGCAUGUUGGGGCCACUGGCGAGAACCACUACCUGGAUUUCUUUUACUCCUCACUGGUCGAAUUCCCUGCGGCCUUCAUCAUGCUUGUGACCAUUGACCGAGUGGGCCGAAUCUAUCCGUUGGCUGUGUCUAGUCUGGUGGCAGGAGCGGCCUGUUUAAUCAUGAUUUUUAUUCCACAUGAUCUGCGCUGGCUACAAAUCUUGGUGGCUUGUGUUGGCCGGAUGGGAACCACCAUCAUGUUGCAAAUGAUCUGCCUGGUGAACACCGAGCUGUAUCCCACCUUUAUCAGGGGCCUUGGGAUGAUGAUGUGUUCUUCUCUCUGUGACUUGGGUGGGAUCAUCACACCCUUCAUAGUCUACAGGCUGAUGGAAGUUUGGCAAGCCUUGCCCCUCAUUUUGUUUGGGGUGCUGAGCCUGACUGCUGGAGGAAUGACGCUGCUUCUUCCAGAGACCAAGGGGGUCUCUCUGCCUGAGACCAUUGAGGAUGCUGAGAAUCUCCAGAGGAAAGCGAAGCCCAAAGAAAACACAAUUUACCUCCAGGCCCAAACAUCUGAAUGCGAAGGCACCUGAGAGCUGCUUUACUAGGAGCUGAACAGAAGAGAUGAAGAGGGAUUUAUCAUUCAAAAAAACUCCCAGAGAUCUUUGCUUUUCUGUAUUCUUCCUCAUACUUGCUUGCCCCAAAUUAAUCUCAAUCCUAAAGAAUUAUCUGAAUGUGCUUUGUCUUGACUUGUUUUAUUUCUUAAGCGCCCCAAAUCUCUAUCUUUUAUCUGCUCUAGUGAGAGCUGGUGUUUCCGUUGGUAUCAAGUACAGUAAUUAAUUACAUAAAGUACUUUGGAGAUCAAAUAGAAAUUAAAUACUGUUACCAAAAAGGUCCCCAUAACUGUUUUCCUAAAAUGGUCUUGUUAAUUUACUGUCUGGAAGAAAAUUCCUUUACAUUUGCAGAAAUCUGAGUUGGUAAAAGCAUUUCAAUUUGUAGAUUGCUUGGUGGCCCUUGGUUUAUAAACAUGGUGGCUCUUCCAGCAAACUGUAUUUCAGUUGAGUUUAAAUAAAGUGAUGGAAGAAAACAUGAUCCCCCUUUGAAGACCAUUUUAGGAGGGAUGUUUCAUCCACCUAUGUUCCAGGAGUAUGUUACUCUAUGUCACUCUUGGAUUUGGUUCUUAAUGGUGAUUCUAGAAGAUGAACUCAUAUGCUAACUGUGAAAUAUCAUAAUAAAUACAUCAAAAAAUGUUCACUUUUA